UCAGACGGCACUAAGUAUAACAAGUGUACAGAUAUCAGAUGCGGGAACAUGGGUCUGCAAGAAUGCACGCAAUUCAAACACGUCAUGUCAUCUGACUAUUGCAAAUAUCCCAACCUACAACAUAACCAGUGACAGGGCUGCAGACGCCGUGGAUGUAUAUGAUGGGAUAUCCCUCACAGUGGACAUCCGGGGCUUCUACUGUUCUGCAGCUCACAACUUGACGCUGCAGGUCGGGAGUGUGACACAGCCACUGAACAUGUACUUACCCGAGGCUGUGACCGAACCAACAAACAGAAACUUCACCAUCUCCAUUAAUGUCACAGAGUCACACUUUGGAGAUGUAGAACUGAUCUUUCUAUGUAACGGCCAGCAGUUGAAUGUUAGUCAUCGAAGUGUUACACAACUACAACAAAGUACUUCGACCACGGUUUCAGGAACUAAUGUACCAACUACUCAAUCCGUAGGAGCUCCGUCAACAGAAAUCCCUCCAAAGGAUGUUUCAACUCUAUUGAUAGUUGCAGCAGGAGUUACUUCGGCAGUCAUCAUCAUCCUAAUUAUCACCAUCGCCUGCUGCUGUUGCAGUUGUAGAAAAAAGGUGACAAGAUCAGCAGACAAACAUGCACAUGAUGACGUGGUUGUAACUCUGUCACAAGGGAAACGGAACCAGGCUGAGGACAAUGUUGUAAUCGGCCCUGGAGGAUCUGCUUCUGGUGGCGAUAACCUACAUCCUGAAACGAGAGGAGAAUAUGUGGCCCUUGAUAGAAAUGCUGUCCAACCCUCAAACAUCUAUGAACAACUGGGAACAUAUGAAGAAAUUGGCAACAUGUGAAGUACUGCUAUCCUGAUAAGUAACGGGAGACUACACUAAACAUAUCAAUAUACUCUCGCCUUGUUUAAACUGAUAUUUAAAUGGAGUGUACAUGUCCACUAUGGAAUACAAGAUCAAAGUUCGAAAUAGAUAACAUUUAUAUCUAGCACAAAGGUUUCACAUUACAUUUUAGAAUUAAUCUUCAGGAUAGUGUGUCAGAACGUCACACUUAUUAUAAACCUAAACACAUCAAUGUAAAGGACUAUCACCGUGUUUGGAUAAUAGUGUGUCUGUCUUGGUCUAAUGUAGUAGUUUGGGAAUCCUAGCCUAGCAAACAGGACGUUUAUUUUGUCGAGUUGUAGGAUAAAUGGUAUCUGACAGGCACGAGUGCAGUAAUCUAUUUCUUACACACCCUUAAAUCGCACCUUUUUUAUGAAUUUUAAUUUUGUUCUUAUUAUGGUGAUCGCAGUGGCGCAUUAAUACAAAGACAACGGUCAUGAGUGACGUCACCCGACGCCUGAUUGCUUCGCAUAACUAAUGUGACCCUACACAAAAAGGUUUACGUCAUAUCUAAAAUUAUCUAUGGAUUAUCAAGGCGAUGAUGUUAAUGCAAACUAAAUAAAAUAACAAAACCCGCUUCAAACUUAAAAGUUUUCACCUCAAAGAAAAGACCAAAUAUGAACAACAAUGUUCACUUACGUAUGACAUCACUACCGCUGACCGACUUUCACAAAAUGGCCUGUUCCCAGACAACACUAUGACAAACUGCGAAGUGUAAUUUGCUGAUUUUUUUCAAAUGAAAUCAAGAGAAUUAGUAAGAAAUAGAGAUAACUACCGUCGUCGUUGUGCAUGACUUUCCGUCAGUCAUAGCGUCAUUCGCAGGACGGAAAGUUUUACUUUAUCAUUGUCUAUAUAUUUUUAAUUCAAUAAUUUUGAUUAUGAUACUCGUCCCAUGAAUAAUCUUAAACGCGUGAGCAAAUGUAUACAACAAUGAGAUGAACGGAUAGCUGAAAAAAAUAAGGAGAAAAUGCCACACAGUGUAAUAUCUGAAUUUUGUUUUGUUAACUUUACAACAAGUACAGUUUUCCGAGCACAUUGUUCGUUUUCACGCCAAAUUUAUUUUGCUUAAUUUCAUCUAGAUAACUUGUAUUGGUGACAAAGACGAUUUGUCAUUUGAUUAUAAAGUGCAUUAGGGUUGCGGGGAUGCGUGUAUCGCAGCUGCGUAUGAAAUAUACAUCUAAUAGGCGUCUCAUAAUCGACACCUGAAACGUGAUUUGUUAAACACUAUCCCAUAUGCAGGCACACUUCGGAGUUUGUGUUUGUAAAAGUACACCCCAACUGUCACACACAGAGGUACACGAGACGGAACCUCGAGUUAUGAUAGGUGCGAUUUCACAGUGGACACGUACACAAUAUACACAUCUGGCAGCCACGAUUCGCGAGAACGCCAGAGGUGACAGUGCCAUUGCCACUCCCAACACUACAUUUAUUUGGACAGUCCCGCUCAUUCAUAAACACAGCUGUCGCUGCAUAGGUCUGGUCAUCACUUCUAAGUUCGACAGUAACAUAAACCUUUGCAGCAGCCUGACAUUAAGAAACUUAUCAGUUAGAGUGUCAGAUGGGAUAUUUACAAAUUGAUAAUAAUUUAUGUAACCAAAUGGGCUAAACAAAUUCCGCAAAUAAUCUGAACAUUAAAACGCUCUCACACCAGUUUGUUUAAUUCUCUGUGCUCUACAACCCCUUACGAUCCUGAAUGGGGCGUUAAGCUAAUCAUACAAAAGCAAAUAUGAGAUAUUAAAUGAAACAAGACACUUUUUCAUUUAUUAUUUAUUCACCUUUUUAUGUCGCACUUUACGUUAAGCUUUAAUGUUUACAUUAGAAGGUCAAAAAAUGUUUUGAAGAUCAGACCGUCUCCGUGGUCUAGUGAAUAGACCGUCUGCUCGGAAACCGGAAGGGCGGUAGUUCUAUCUACAAAAGAUGGAACAUGCAUUUACCCUGCCUGGCGCUCAGCAUUAAGGCAAUCAAGGACUGUUCGGUUCAACCACCUUUCACCUCACCUCACUCUUUUUUAGAUUAUAUUUUAUCAUUUUUAGGACACUUUCACAUAUUGCAUAUAAUAUGACCAUAUUACACCAUAUAGCCGAUUAAAGGUAAAAGGAAUUUGCAAUGAAUAUAGUUGAUCAGUCGACAUUGUAAGUCAUCAUUUAUCAGGAAUAUAAGGUUUCAGAUCAGGAUUGAUAACAUGUAAAGUUAUUUUCAAGCUGUGAAUGCAAUGUUACUUGACAGUUGUGAAGAAACCAAUAAUUGGAAGUUGUUAUAUUCCAGUUUUUAAAACGUUGAAAUAAUUGUAUAUACUUUAAUCAGUCAUAGACAUAAUUCAGACCGAAAUAAUAUAAUCAUAUAUGUCAAAUAGAACAGAAGUUCUAAUGCUGGAGUUCGGAGUGGCAGCUGGAUGAGUGUGUAUUUCUGCUGGAGAGAGUGGGUGCCUUCCUUGCCAAGUAUAAAGUUUAAUUCAAUGAGGCGGUUUGUGCCUGUAUGUGUUCGCUGAGGAGGAUACAGGGGUCGAAUUUAGUUCUUGCCAUCCCCACCCCUCGAUUGCAAUAUGGAUUUAUAAUAGUUUCAUAUACAUAUAGUAUAUCAUCACUACACGAAUAAUCACUUUUGCUUUGUUCUGUUAUGUUGUUGUUCCUAUUCACAUGCAUGGUUCAACCUUUUGUUCACGUUAGCUUACGGGUUUACAAUUAUAGUGAACACCUUUUGAAAAUAACAUGCUGGGUAGUUUUAUUCCUGCAACUUAAUAACAAUUGAAUAACCAAUUCUCGUUUCGAAUAUGCUUCAUGGAUUCCUGUGCUAUUUCCCUGAUCAUCAACCAAGCUAUUCUUUAAACCAUACUUUGAGUGAUGUGUUGAGCUGAAUCAUGUCGUUGUUGUUAGGAUACACCCUGUUAGACAACAUGUAUAGAAAGAAAGAAACUGAUUUGAUCAUUUCUUAAACACAUAAUGUUGUUAUGUGAAUCAAAGCAAACUUCGUAAUAAACAUAACUUUAUCAGAAUGCAUUGCCAUAAUGUUUCUUCAAAUGUUAAGCAUAAAGAUGUGUUGAUAUCAGUAAAUUGUACAUGAUUUUGCAAAUGCCAUAUUUACAUUUUUGUAUCAAAUAAAUUGAUGUUCUUUGGUUUUAUGUCCCACUUCCUUUUUUGAGUUAACGUUAGUAAAAUGUUCUCGCUUAUGACAUGUUUGGGUGUUUGAUAAUCGAUGAAGUCGGUAAAUGGCAUGGGAAAGAGUUAAAGUAAUAUUAAAACUGAGUUUGGUGUACUUCCUCGUUCUCGAUAUAGCAGCUCACACAUAGAGAUAACGAAACAUUUAUUAAACACGCAGGAUAAAGGACACGUCCAUAUAAAUACAUUUUCGCCACGCCUUUGCGUUGAUUCUAUGACAAAUGUUUAAUAAAUAGAGCUGACUUUCCUCGUAAGCAAGUGUUGUUGUUACUAAUAUAACGGAUGAAUAGUGUUAGCUGAACGUUAUCGUGGUACUCCACUGAAAAGGUCAACAUUAUUGAUGUACUUCCUGUUAAAUAUACGGUUCAUGUU